AUAUCGAGUACAACGGGAGGUAACUCCGACCUACGUCGUCAACAGUCGAGCGCACGGCAUACCAGUAUCUGCAGCUAUGGCCAGAGUGAAACUUGGAGGAACCGAUCUGGAAGUGUCCCCUAUUUGUUUGGGGACAUGGCAGUUCAACAUGGGAAAGACGACGGUUAAUUGGGACGGACAGAGUUUAGAGACCUCAAAGGCAAUUGUUGACAAGUGUUUUGAACAGGGCAUCAAUUUCUUUGACACGGCAGAGGGCUAUGCUGGUUCAGAGGAGGCUCUGGGAGCGUGUCUGGAGGGGAGGCGCCGAGAUGCUGUCAUAGCAACCAAGUAUGGGUUUAGGGAAGGCCCUGGCACCCCACCAUACUCAGCAGAGGACAUCCAAAACUCCAUCGACAAAGCCCUGAAGAAGAUGAAGACCGACUAUAUUGAUCUUAUACAGAUUCAUUUUCCAGCAUUUAUCAAGGAUUACGAUGAGACUGUCACAGAACUCAACAGGCAGAUUUCCCUGGGACGACUGAAGUACUACGCUGUUUCAAAUUUUGGUCCGAAAAACUUGAAACAAUUCAUUGCUGCCGGAGGAAGGCCGAUAUCAAACCAGAUGGGGUACAACCUACUGUGGCGGUCGGCGGAGUACGACGUCCUGCCGGUGUGCAAGGAGAACAAUAUGAGUGUCCUGGCCUACUCACCUCUACAACAGGGGCUGCUGACUGGCAAGUAUGCCACCCUCGACGAUGUCCCCGAGGGAAGGAGGAGAGGAAAACUCUUCUCUCGUGACAGCACCCAGUUGAGUCGACAUGGUCAAGAUGGCGCCGAGAAGGAGGUGUUUGAGGCCCUCCAGCGGAUCCGGGGUGUGUGUGACAAGGCCAGUGUACCAAUGGCGAAGGCAGCGCUGUCGUGGCUGUUGCAGCAGGAGAACGUCCCCGUCGCCAUCGUAGGAGCAAGCACCCCACAGCAGAUAGUGGAGAACAGCAACAUCGUCAAGCUGUCCGAUGAUGUAGUGAAGCAGUUGGCUGACGCCACGGAGGAGCUCAAGGCCAAGGUCGGACGGACGCUGGAUGCCUGGGUUCACCCUGACAGAUGUGAAUAGAUGUGAAUAGAUGUGAAUAGAUGUGAAUAAGACACCUGUCACUGGUGGAUAGGAUGCAUUCCUCACAAUGAACUCUUGUUUUAUUAAACCAAAUCAUACACUUCUGUAAAACCACAUUUUUAAACAAGAAGUAAUUCAUUGCUAGACCACUACUCAGAGAAGAUUUAAAUGUUUCAAAUGUUAAUGAUUUAAAGAUUUCAAUAAGACCUGUGAAGUUUAAUUCAGAGAAUUGUCAUUUGAGUGCUUGAAUGCAGUUGCCUAUUGCUCAAACAUUCUUCAUGAUUGAUUUAUAUUAAAACGUAUCCGAACAGUCACAUCACUCAAAAGCAAAUGGGGCGUAGGGGUAGCCUUGUGGUUAAAGUGUUCGCUCGUCGCGCUGAAGACCCGGGUUCGAUUCCCAACAUGCGUACAAUGUGUGAAGCCCAUUUCUGGUGUCCCC